GUGGCGUUUUCGCUAAAAUGGCGUCUGCGAAGAAGAUAGAUGAGGGUAACGAGUGCAUUAGAGAAGCAGAAAAACAUUUAAAAACUUCUCUUUUUAAAUGGAAGCCUGAUUAUGACAGUGCUGCAAAUGAAUAUUCAAAAGCAGCAACUUGUUUCAAGACCGUCAAGGCAUACGAGCAGUGUAAAGACGCAUUAAUGAGAGCUGCUGAUUGCUAUGCAAAAAACAGAUCAUAUUUUUCUGCUGCUAAGAGUUAUGAACAAGCAGCAUUCGUCUGUAAAGACAUGGAAGAUUAUCCAACAGUGAUUCACCUGAUUCAGAGGGCAUGUCAAUUAUUUCGUGAACAUGGAACUCCCGACACUGCUGCUAUAGUGUUAGAAAAAGGUGCUAAAAUGGUGGAGAAUAAAUUACCUGAUAGAGCUAUUGACCUUUAUAAUAAAGCAGCCGAAGUAGCUAUGCUAGAAGAUCGCCCUCGUCAAGCUGCCGAAUAUUUAUGUAAAUCUUCAAGAUUAUUAUUAAAGUAUAGACGUUAUGAUGAAGCAGCAGAAAACAUGACAAGGGAAUAUGAAUAUAAUCUGCAAGGAGACAAUCCGGCCGCAGCUGGAAGAUUAAUAGUUGCUCUUGUGUUAGUCCACUUGACAAGAGAAGAUUAUGUUGCUGCCAGUAAAAUCUACAAAGAAGGAGGAGGUUAUGUUGAGCGUGAAGAAACCAUGGUGUUGAACAGUUUAUUAGAUGGUUACGAUCAAGGAGAUGCUGAACAAAUGUAUUAUGCUUUAAAUCAUCCUUUCAUUAAACAUAUGGAUGUUGAGUAUGCAAAGCUUGCUCGUUGUCUUCAGGCAAGUUGCAUGAGUAAUCAGUCGACCACCAAAGCACAGGACAGUGCCGUCACAGAAGUUGGUGGAUCACAAGACGACCGACAUUCGGAUGAAGAAUUUUCUGGAGGAUUACUGUAAAUUCUUAAAACUGUAAACAUCUUCACUUCAUUCUAAUAAUAUUGACUAAUAUAUAUUUGACCUGAAGUAUUCUACUUAGUGAAUCGAUCGUCUUACGAUUAACUUAUCAAAAAUGCAUACAGUACGACAAUACUUUUAUAAUGUAUUCCUACUGAGUUUGUCAAAAUGACUUUCUGACAAAUUUCUAUGAUUGAGAGGCAAUCAAGAUUCCAUUUUAACAAAAUUGUUUUAUGUUACAUAGCUCUCUAUUUGUUGUUUAUAUAAUUAUUAUUGCAACAUUUUUGUUGCUUUGUAUGAUUAUUGUAUAUUAUAUAGAGAAGUAAAUGUAUUAAAUUAAAGUUAUUUAUUAAAUAUAAAAAAAUUAUUGUACUAAAUGAAUUGUAUGUUUUAUGCAGGUCAUUUUAUCAAUUUUUAGGAAUGAUAUUAUUUUCCAAAUUAGUUCUGACAUUAGAUAUUGUUCAUUGUAAAGAAAUUGAGAGAUGUAUUUAUCUUAAAUAAAUAGUAAUUA